GUAAGCUGAUGUCAACAGCAACAUAUUAUGUAAGAACUGUUUCUUUUAUUUACAUUGUUGUCCAAGUUCUCCUGCAAACCACGACAGGUUUUACUUCCUACUAUUGGAAUCAUGUUUGUCUUCAUGGUUUUAGAGUUUAAACAAGAUAACGGACUCUGGGAGCUCUGAUCGGUCUGGCCCAUCCCUGUAGGCACGACCACUGCUCAAGGAUCAGACAAAUGAACCAUCAGGCCGGAAAGCACAGGAGCUCUGUUUACUUUACUGACAGACUGAUUCACACCCUUCAUUCACCAGUCGUGUCUAAUCUGAAACACCCUAAACUUGGCUGGUAUUCACAUUCAGCUCUCUCAGAAGCAAACAGGCGAAGGAACUUUCUGGAUUUACAGCUUUUUGUCAUUAAUAGGAAAAUUAGUGGGUGAACCUGUAAUUCUGGCUCCACUGUUACGUAAGGAACAGGGUUUGGCAAUUAGAAGACCAGUUUGUUUGUCUUAUCAUAAGGAUUAUAAAAUGUAGUGAUAAAACAUGAGCCAGAGAUAGUUGGUUGACAACAUUUCACUUCAAAGUUAAGACAAAUAAAAUUAUUAUUUUUCCUUCUUUGGUAAACCAUUGUUUGUGAGUGUUCACCUGUUGCAGGUACGCCCUCCACCUCCACCACAAGAGGAAGAGAAGGAGGAGGGGCGGGUGGACUGGAUAUUCCUGCCGGGUUUGGAGAGGAAGGAGCUGAAGGGGAGGAACCUUGCAGACGGCAUGGCAACACACACCUUCAUAAAGUCUGCGGCACACCCGGCCUGCGGCCUCAGUUCGCCUGUCCUCUAACACACCAGCUACAGCUCCCCUGCAGUCAUGCUCAGCCUCAUCAAAUUUCCACGAGUCUUCAGCAUCAAUCAGGUGCCCAAAGUUUUCCAUGAGGACAGCAUCAUUUCUGGGUAUCGGCACCCUCGGAGCUCAGCUACUGACUGCAUCCUCAGCCUCUUCCAGAUGACCAAUGAGACGCUCAACAUCUGGACCCACUUUUUACCCACCUGGUACUUUCUGUGGAAGCUGGUGACAGUGGUGCUGAUGCAGCAGGGAUGGCAGGACACCUUCACCUGGCCUCUGCUGGUCUUCCUCUUCUCCUGCUGCAUCUAUCCCUUGGCAUCCAGCUGUGCACACACCUUUAGCACCAUGUCAGUGCGGGCACGCCACAUCUGCUUCUUCUUUGAUUAUGGGGCGCUCAGUCUUUACAGCCUGGGGUCUGCAAUUGUUUAUUCCUUUUACAUUUUCCCCGACAAGUGGUUGAACAGCACCUUUCACCAGUGGUACAUUCCCAUCGCCAUGGCCAACACCAUCGUCUGCACCAUCCUGGCCUGUUACUCCAGGCUUGGUCUUCCGUUCCUGCAGUAUAACCAUGAUGUUGUUAAAAGAUUACCUGAGAGUCCAAAGUUCAGCAAAUUCUUUCGGAUCCUUGCCUUUGCAUACCCCUACCUGUUUGACAACAUUCCUCUCUUCUACAGGGUGUUUCUGUGCACUGGGGAGGGCUGCACUGACAACGACACCAACAUGCUCCACUAUAAACACAUUGCCUUGGCUUUCAUCACUGGCUUUUUGUUUGCCAUGCGCUUCCCUGAGCGUUUGGCACCUGGCAGCUUCGACUACAUUGGUCACAGCCACCAGCUCUUCCAUGUGUGCGCCAUCAUAGGCACCCACUUCCAAAUGCUGGCCGUGGAGCAGGACCUGGUGAUGAGACGCUCCUGGCUCACCGUUAACUCCAUCCCCGUCUCGUUUGCUAACUCAGUGGGUCCAGCGCUGCUCUGUGUGGUGCUGAAUUUGAUCAUCAUCUUGCUCUUCAGUCUGCCUCUUCUCUCUGCUCCAGCAUGCCAAGAAAGCAAGCGUGAAAAAGAUAAAAAGAAACAGGCAACCAAGCACUGCUCCUGCUACUAAACUAGAAGAAUAAGUGACUGGAGGAAAAACAAAGAAAUGGUGUAAAAGUAUUCAGCUGUGAUAGCCACUCAAAGUAUUCAAGAGCUGAGCUGAAAAUCAAAGAACACAUUAAGCAAUAAGCUGAAAUGCAGUGAGCACUGUAAUUAAUUCAACUGUUUCUGUGGAAACUUGUUCUUGUAUAGAGCUACAGGUGCAGCAGGUUGGCUGUAAUAUGUGUAGCUCCUUCGUAUGUUUGUACAGAUGUUAUUUUUUACUGAGUUUUCUGAGUGCCGUGCAGGUGGUGAAUGAAGAGACUGCAGGAGACGACAAUGAUGUCAAGUUCCUAAUUCAAUUUUAAUAUUGAACUCAGCUAAAGGCUGAGAUAGUCACUUUAAGUUUUCAUGUUCGUAACACUUCUUCUUCAAUCGUUUAGAUGGCACUGCUGAAUGUUUGGUUUUUGAGGUUGAAUUAUCAGCAUAGUGACGGCCUCAUAAGUGGUGUGGUAACAGAUGUUGCUGAAACUCUUAACCAAGGAUAUUGUCAUAAGAUUCAUGUGUUCAUCUACUUGGAAAAUGCUGCAAUUUCUUGUUUGUUUUGUUUUGAAAAAAGAUGUAAAAAGUAUUUAAGUUAAAAGUUAUUUAUUGUAGGUUUUCCAGAUAAAAUUCUUACCUCACCUGAAUUUCUAUCUUUGGAUCACUUUCCGUGGUUUGUUAAACUAAUGUCAUUGUACCAGUUAAAACCUUUUAAAGCUAAUAAACCAAGCAGAGCUGCUUAUAUCUGUGAUUUAUUGUCAGAUGCUUGAAUUUAGGUGGGAGAGGUUUUCUGGGCUGGUAUAAUGGGGGAAAAACCAAAUGGCCAGUAGUUUUAUGAAAUGUAUUACUGUACUAUUAUAACCCAGAUUAAUUGCUUUCACAAGUGGAGCAGUAUGGCUAUUGCCGUAGUGUUCCGCUUGAUUAAUGCAUAUAAAUAGCUUUAUUAUAAUUCAUGCAGGGAAUUUACAGAUUAUAUGGACACUGAAACUGGAAAGUGGAACAGG